AUGCCGCUUUGCGCUGCUUGCUGCGUCGCGAAAGGCUUCAACAAGUUCCACGGUGGACAGCGACAACUACCGCGUCCAGUGUGCAAAGAAUGUUUUCGCAAUGGGAAGAAGCCGGUAGAUCUUGGGGGCGAGCCCGUGAUACUUCCGGUUCGUGUCUCAGGCGACCUGAAAACAGCAAGUCUAGCAGAUUUCCAACUGCUUAGUGUCAUUGGACAGGGCACUUUUGGAAUGGUGCUGUUGGUACGACACGCGACCACUGGAACAGUACACGCUAUGAAGAUCAUCAGUAAGAAGUUCGUUGUGGAUAUGGACAGCGUGCACCACAUGAAAACGGAGCGCAAUGUCAUGACAAAGAUUCGCCAUCCUUUUGUGAUCGGGCUCAAUUACGCUUUUCAAACAGAAUCAAAGAUCUAUCUCGUGAUGGAGUACCAGUCUGGUGGAGAGCUAUUCUCGUACUUGAAAGAGCAAGGCACUUUUACGGAGGACGUCGCUCGCUUUUAUUUGGCCGAGAUGGUUCUAGCAUUAGAGCAUUUGCACGGACGCGGUAUCAUACACCGCGACCUAAAGCCUGAGAACGUACUCAUUUCAGCCGAAGGGCACAUCAAGUUGACCGACUUUGGCUUGGCGAAGGAAUACAUAGAAGGGCAGGAACUACUAACCGUGUGCGGAACGAAAGAAUAUAUGGCACCCGAGAUGCUUCUUGGCAAAGGAUAUGACUCGGCCGUGGAUUGGUGGUCGCUUGGUGCUCUUGCGCACGAAAUGCUGAUUGGAAGUCCACCGUUUCGAUCGAAAUCACCUGCAGACUUGCACAAGAAGAUUAUCUCAGCCAAGCUACAAUUGCCACGAUGGCUGUCGGGUGAAGCUCACUCGUUGAUCAAGUCCCUCUUGGAGCGGAACGUGAGCAAACGAUUGGGUGGCGGCAAGUCCUCUAUGUUUGUCGUCAAGGGAGUACAGGCACUAAAACGUCAUCCGUUUUUUAAGUCAGUGAAUUGGGAGAAGGCGGAAACUCUUCGCGUCCUUCCUCCUCAAGUACCAAGUGUUUCUGACGAAGUGGACACGAGCAAUUUUGACAAGAAGUUUACAGACAUGCCAGUUUCAGACCUGAUGUGUGAAGCGGUUAUCGCUGAAGAGUAUGGUGAUCUUUUUCGGGGAUAUUCAUUUUGCUGGCAAGACGGUAUCAAGGAAGAUAUCUCUAAUCCGCAGUCGCCGAUCAACACAACAACGCUACCGACGAUUGCAGCUCUCGUAAGUGAUGGUGAUGAUAUGAAGGACAUCAACGACGCCAUAGCCAUAGCCGCCUGUAAGCAGGUGCAAUUUCGGCCCAAUUGA